AUGGCUUCAAACAGUCUGUUCAGCAGCAGCCCAAUGGUGUACUGGGAUCCUGUGGUUAAGCGUCCGCCGUCACCAUCGCCCACCAACCUCCAGCUGGAGGAGCAGGAGCUGCGAUCCCUCCACCAGCGCAGCACAGCGCUCCCCAGAGGCCUCGUACAGACUGACAGCCCAAACUUCCUCUGCAGCAGCCUGCCGCAGCACUGGAGGUGUAACAAGACCCUGCCGAGAGCCUUCACUGUGGUUGCCCUGGGCAACGACGUACCUGAUGGCGUGGUUGUCACAGUGAUGGCUGGCAACGACGACAACAGCAGCGCUGAGCUGCGCAACGCCACAUCAACCAUGAAGCAAGGGUUUGCCCAGUUCAGCGACCUGCGCUUCAUAGGCCGCAGCGGCAGAGGCAAAAGUUUCACCCUCUCUAUCAACGUGCUGACUUCACCCCCUCAGAUCGCCACCUUACACAGAGCCAUUAAAGUUACUGUGGAUGGACCGCGGCUGCCUAGACGACAGAGGCAGAGGGAGGUGAAGUCAGGACUGUUCAGGCCUUCAAGCAGCAGCACUGCCUCAUCAGACUGUAGAUCCUUCUCCUCCUCUCUUUGGGCCAAUGAGCCAUCCUUCUUGGGCCAUGUGACCUCUCUGACCUCCUCCUUCACUCCAAGUCCCAGAAUGCACCACCUACCUGCCCUCCCUUACUCCACCCAACCUCCUCCAUACAGUUCCUACCUGUCCUCUCCUCCUGCUCCACCUCCUCCCCCUCCGCUGAGCCACAAUGGUCCCUUCCAGCCUGGCAGCUUCUACUAUGGAUCCAACCCACCGCUCCAGACCACAGGGGAGGACAGAAACGUCGUCACAGCUCUGACCAAUUACAUUGAAGGGGCGUGUCUUUCUUUAAGAGGUGAGGAGCCGGUCUGGAGACCUUACUGA